UUGUAUGUGUUUGUAAAUUAAAAGAUACAGAACCUCUUUGGAGUGCGUCGAGUGCGCACAGCAAAUUUUUCGUAUCUGUACUUCCAAACUCGAUCGAUUCAUCUCAAACUGGAAAAUGUCUGAAAACAUAUUUUUGUUUGUGCCCAAUCUUAUUGGGUACCUUCGUAUCAUUUUGGCGAUCGCAUCAUUUUAUUUCAUGCGUACCGACUACAUCAUGGCAUCAACCUGCUAUUUAGUUAGUGCAUUUGUUGACUGCUUGGAUGGAUAUGCAGCAAGAGCGCUGAAUCAAGCCACAAAGUUUGGAGCCAUGCUGGACCAGCUCACUGAUCGCUGCGCCACCAUGUGUCUGCUUGUCACCCUCUCCAUCUUCUAUCCACAAUAUUCGUUCUAUUUUCAAAUGAGCAUGGCCAUCGAUAUUGCUAGCCAUUGGCUGCACUUGCACACCUCUCUGCUCUCUGGUCGUGAGAACCACAAGGUUCUCGACAGCACGGAAAACCCAAUCAUGCGCAUCUACUAUACGUCGAAGCCAAUCCUUUUCUUCAUGUGCGCUGGCAACGAGAUGUUCUACAGUGGGCUGUACCUCACAUACUUCAACGAAGGACCAACGUGUCCAGUCAUUAAUGUUGGCCUCUUCAAGCUCAUCACCAUAAUCAGCUUUCCCGUCGCUGUUGUCAAAACCAUCCUCAGUCUUCUGCAGAUGUGGAUUGCUGCCGGCAAGCUCGGCGCCAUUGAUGUGAGAGAACGUUCAGCCAAAAGAACGGACUGAGAAUGUAGCGUGCGGGCCCCACUAACCAAGGGGUUCUACACUCCUCCUUUGGUGUUAAAAAAGUUUGUGUUUAAUGAGGAUCAAAAAAUGUGAAUAUUACAUUGAGGCAUACCAGACAUUACUAGAUAAGUCAGUGCCAACAGUGUUUGAGAAAGGGCAGAGAGCUGUUACAGGCAAGCCAUACUUAAAGCCAUUUUCAAGUCUUGCUUACUGCAGCAGGGUGGGGAAGGACUAUUCAUGCACCCUUUUUUUUAUGCAGAAACGGAGGCAUAAAAGCAAGUAAUGGUUGGCAGUUCCCAAGUUUGUGGGACAAGAUGUUGUUUCCUCAUAUCACCAUCGAAUUGGUUCAGCAUAAACUAAUGCGGGCAUUGUUUUUGCACACUAUUUCUUCUUGGUUUGCACUGGUGGUUCUACCGAAUAAUAGUUAUAUUUUCUGCAUAUCAUUCCAAGUGCUUUCAGCAUUCAUAUGGGAGGACAACAGAAAUUUGUCGUGCAUAUAUAAUUUUAUAGUCCACAUUAUAUGCAAUUAUUCUUUCCUGCAUUCACUAGUCAGUAUUCUUUAAAGAGAUAUAUCUCUGACAAACUGUAACGUUCCAAGGCAAGAAGCAGAGGCUUUUUGUUGUGUUCAUAGGCUACAUAUUGCUGUAACAGAGGCCCCUGAAUUGCCACAGAAUAUUUGAGUGUAUAUAUAGAUACGUACACAUACUGGUGUUUGCACUGUACUUAGUAUUUAAGACCUCCUUGUACAGCCAUUCGUGUUGCUGAGCACAAUGAAGUGUUGGGUUGUACUUUAUGCAUGUACUUGUGAACUUUAUGUUGGUUGUGUCCUACAAUGCUGUAUAUUGCUAUGCAGAGUUUUACCAGGCUGUCGAUUCCCCAAACACAGACUACUAUGUUUCAUACAGUUGUAUUUAACAGUUGCAGCCUGUAACCCAUUGUAACAACGUACAUGGCACAAAACCAAUAACUGUACCCUGGCAUUGUUGUUGAGAGUUGUUAGGACUGUACAAACAUGUGUAACUCCUAGUUUUGAAAUAUAGAUGUAAUGUUACGGUAA